CGCAAUUCUUCUGCGACCAACCAUAUGUGCUGCUGUGAGCCAAGCUGUAUCGGUUUGCAACGAGGACACAUUGAAGCACAGAGAUAAUGGGGAAGAAACAGAAAAAUAAAGGCGAGGACAGUGACAUCGAUGCCCUAACUGCUGAGAUCGAGGGAGCCGGAGCAGCGAAAGACCAGGGCAAAGGAAAAGGCAAAAAGAAGAAGGGGAAACAAAAAGAUGAGUUUGAUGAGGAUGAAAUCCUGAAGGAAAUUGAAGAGCUGACUUUGGAAUCCGGUGGAGGAAAAGCCAACAAGGAGCCACCAAAGAAAUCUGACAGUCUAGAGGAAAACGAGCCUGUGGCCCCCAAGGAGAAAAAGAAGACCCGUGGAGGCAAAGGAAAGCGGACCAGCCUAGAGGAAGAGGAGGGUGAUGAGGAAGGUACGGGUGCGGCUGGUGUGGGGUCGGACAGCGCGUCCCGGGACCAGAAGGCUGUGGCGACGGCGGCUCCUGAGGCUGCUCCUGCCGCUGCUGCUGGUGAUGAUGAGGAGGAAGAUGAUGAGGGCUCACGGCCGUGGCAGAAAGCCAAAGGUGGCAAGAAAGUCAACGAAAGCAGUCUCCGACUCGGAAGAGGACGAGGAGGACGGAGAGGCCCAAAAGGAGGAGGAGGAGUAGGAGGAGGAGGAGGCGGCGGCGGCGUCAAAGCAGAGGAAGAUGAGGAUGAUGAUUCGGAUGAAGGAGUUGAGGUCCAGAAAAAGGCUCAGAAGAAGCAGAAGGGGAAGGGGAAGGCCGCAGACAGUGAGGAGGAGGAGGAGGAGGACACCGGCACCUUCAAGAUGAAGACGGCCGCGCAGAAGAAGGCGGAGAAGAAGGAGCGCGACCGGAAGAAGAAAGAGGAGGAUCGGGCCAAGCUGAAGAAGAAGAAGGAGGAGGAGGCGACGACCAAGAAGGACGAGCCGGCCGCGGCGGAGGCCAAGGUGGGCGAGGAGGUGGCAGAGGACAAGAAGCUGGAGAAGACGGUCUCUGAGGACCAGGAUGCAGCCGAUGCCGCUGAUGCCAUGGGAGAAGAGGAGACCGAGGGGGACAAGAAGAAAAAGGAUAAGAAGAAGAAGAAAGGAGAGAAGGAGAAGGAGGAGAAGAAAAAGGGCCCGAGCAAGUCUGCGGUGAAGGCCAUGCAGGAGGCGCUGAAGGCCAUGAAGGAUGAGGAAGAGCGUAUCAAGCAGGAGGAAGAUGAGCGGCAGAGACGCAUGGAGGAGAUGGAGACUCAGAGGCUGGAGCAGGAAAAGCUGGACCAGGAGCGGAAGGAGAAGAAGAAGCAGAAGGAUAAGGAGAGGAAGGAGAAGCUGAAGAAGGAGGGCAAGCUCCUGACCAAGACCCAGAAAGAGGCGCGCGCUCGAGCGGAGGCCACGCUCAAGGCUCUGCAGGCUCAGGGUAUCGAGGUGCCAUCCAAAGACUCAAUGCCAAAAAAGAAGCCCGUCUACUCUGACAAGAGGAAAAAGAAGCCUGUUGUUCAGGCUCCUGAAGAGACCUCACAGGUUCCCUCACCUGCACCAGAAACGGCACAGCCAAUCACAGUCAAGAUGGAAGUGGAAACGCCCAAAGUAGAAGCAGUAAAAGAACAGAAGCCGGAGGCUGCAGAUCUGGAUGACUGGGAGGCCAUGCUCAGUGAUGGAGAGGAGAAAGUACCUGUAGAGCCGAAGAAAGUCCACAUCGAGGUGAAGGAGACUCGGCAGUCCCAGAAGACUGCAGCACCAGAGGCCCAAAACGGCAGUGAGGAGGAUGAAGAUGAGGAAGACGAUGAUGAAGAUGAGGAGGACGAAGAAGAGAGUGAUGGAGCAGAGGAGGAGGAGAAGAAGAAGCCGGUGACGCAGAGUGCCAAGAAGGUCGAGAAGGAGCCUAGCUCGGACUCGAGCAGCGAGAGCGACUCAGACGAUGGACUCUCCAAAGAGGAGCGACUCUACGAAAAGGCCAAGAGACGUAUCGAGAAACGGAAACAGGACAACCUGAAGAAUACUGAUUUUGACCGAUUGCGAGCUCCAGUUAUCUGUGUCCUGGGCCAUGUAGACACAGGAAAGACCAAGAUCCUGGAUAAGUUGAGACACACAAAUGUGCAGGAUGGUGAGGCUGGAGGAAUCACCCAGCAAAUCGGUGCCACAAACGUUCCACUGGACGCCAUCAUCGAGCAGACUAAGAUGGUUAAGAAUUUUGACAAGGACAACAUUAAGAUCCCUGGAAUGCUCAUCAUUGACACGCCUGGCCACGAGUCCUUCAGUAACCUGAGGAACAGGGGCAGCUCUCUGUGUGACAUUGCCAUCCUGGUGGUGGACAUCAUGCACGGCCUGGAGCCCCAGACUCUGGAGUCCAUCAACCUGCUCAAGGAGAAGAAGUGUCCCUUCAUAGUGGCACUUAACAAGAUCGACCGUCUGUAUGAUUGGAAGAGGAGUCCUGAGUCCGAUGUGGCGGCCACACUGAAGAAGCAGAAGAAGAACACCAAGGAUGAGUUUGACGAGAGGGCCAAGGCGGUGAUAGUGGAGUUUGCCCAGCAGGGUCUCAACGCAGCCCUGUACUUCGAGAAUAAGGACCCACGCACCUUUGUUUCACUGGUGCCCACCUCUGCCCACUCGGGAGACGGCUGUGGCAACCUGAUUGGGCUGCUGGUGGACCUGACCCAGACCAUGCUGGCCCGCCGGCUGGCACACUGUGACGAGCUGCGGGCACAAGUCAUGGAGGUUAAAGCCCUGCCUGGCAUGGGCACCACCAUAGAUGUGAUCCUGAUCAACGGGACUCUGCGAGAGGGUGAGACCAUCAUCGUGCCCGGGGUGGAGGGGCCCAUCGUCACCCAGAUCAGGGGUCUGCUGCUGCCACCGCCCCUCAAGGAGCUCCGGGUCAAGAACCAAUAUGAGAAGCACAAGGAGGUGGACACGGCCCAGGGCGUGAAGAUCCUGGGGAAAGACCUGGAGAAGGCUCUGGCUGGGCUGCCACUUCUGGUGGCCCACAAGGACGACGAGAUUCCCGUCCUAAGGGAUGACCUGAUCCGGGAGCUGAAGCAGACGCUGAGCUCCAUAAAGCUGGAGGAGAAGGGCGUGUACGUCCAGGCCUCCACCCUCGGCUCCCUUGAGGCCCUGCUGGAGUUCCUGCGCACCUCCAAAGUGCCUUAUUCAGGCAUCAACAUCGGCCCUGUACACAAGAAGGACGUGAUGAAGUCCUCCACUAUGCUGGAGCAUGAUCAACAGUAUGCUGUGAUCCUGGCCUUCGACGUGAAGGUGGAGAGAGACUCGCAGGAGAUGGCUGACAGUCUGGGUGUGCGCAUCUUCAGUGCCGAGAUUAUCUACCACCUGUUCGACGCCUUCACCAAGUACCGGGAGGACUACAAGAAGCAGAAACAAGACGAAUUCAAGCACAUUGCGGUUUUCCCCUGCAAGCUGCGAAUCCUCCCCCAGUUCAUCUUCAACUCCAGGGACCCCAUAGUCAUGGGUGUGAUUGUGGAAUCUGGGGUCGUUAAACAGGGAACGCCGGUGUGUGUACCCACUAAAGGGUUUGUAGAUAUUGGCAUCGUCACCGGCAUCGAGAUAAACCACAAAAACGUGGACUCUGCCAAGAAGGGUCAGGAGAUCUGCGUGAAGAUCGAGCCCAUUCCAGGAGAAUCGCCCAAGAUGUUCGGCCGCCACUUUGAGGCUACCGACUUCCUUGUUAGCAAGAUCACGCGCCAGUCCAUCGACGCACUCAAGAACUGGUUCCGUGACGAGAUGACGAAGAACGACUGGCAGCUCAUCAUGGAGCUCAAGAAGACCUUUGAAAUUAUCUGAGUUCAGGAGAAAUGACUGUCCUGUCCGCAGACUUGCCACAAACACACACACACACACACACACACACACCCACCCACACACACAUAUAUAUACAGGCAUAGACCCUGUCUCUCUUUGCACACUCCUGAGAUUAUGUCUCUAAUGAAGGAGACAAAGGGUUUGAGACACACACACAUCUCACACAUCUCACACCAUCAUACCAUCAUGGGGGGGUAGCAGUGCGGAAACCAACGUACCCCUCCCCCCCUCCUCCUACCCUGCAUCUGGGUGGGGAUUGUAAUGAUAAAGCAAGAAAAUGAAGUGAAAAAAAGUGUUUUCUGUGAGAAACCGAACUAUUUCCACUGUUUUUAACAGUGACAGUUAGACAAACAAUUACACACUAUUCCAAUGUGCCUGUUCUUCUGACUCCUGAGUUUUUUAGGUUGUUUUUCUCUUUUCAUUUCAUGGCUGCCCUCGGCCUGGCUGUGACUGACUCGAGCCUGCUUCUCUGUCUUGCUCAUGACGUGUAGGGAAGGCCAAUGGGACUGGGGCUGUGGGUACCUCACUGAGAUACACCCUCUGGGGUUUUAGAUGUUUCAAUAUUACCUUCUCAGUGUUUUUCCCUAUAGAUCCCCUCUUUCUUUUUUUUUUGGAAUGCAGUUAUUAUCUUAGGGGUUGUUUUUAAUCUACAAGGUAACCCCACCCCCCUACCAAGAAACUGAUUGGAGUGUGAACUCCAGCACUCAGCAUCCCAUGCUCCCUGUGGUCUGCCAUGUGCCUGUUGGGGGUUUCUAUGAUGACUGGGCAAAGUUAUAAAGGCAACCCUCUAACUGAGCUGAAAUGUAAAGGAAAAGAUUAAAAAAAAAAAACUGAAUAUUCAAAUACCAAUAAAGAAAUGGCAUUAUUUAUA